GAAGGCGUGGCAGGAAGGGGGGAACUCUGUGGUUAGGGAACCGCUGGCUGAUCACAGCUGCGCAGAGCUGUCAGCGUCGGAUCCCCGACUGCACCUCGGCCCCCUGCCCAAGAUGAUUCCGGCAGUGGUCUUGCUCUUACUCCUUUUGGUGGAACAAGCAGCGGCGCUGGCAGAACCCCAGCUCUGCUACAUCCUGGAUGCCAUCCUGUUCCUCUAUGGUAUUAUCCUCACCCUGCUCUACUGUCGACUCAAAAUCCAAGUGCGAAAGGCGGCCGUCGCCAACUAUGAGAAAUCAGAAGGAGUUUACACGGGCCUGAGCACCCGGAACCAGGAGACGUAUGAAACUCUGAAGCAUGAGAAACCGCCGAAUUAGUGUUAGGACAGAGGCCCUUGGUGGUCGCAUCCUUCUCCAGCUUCUAGCUCUCCUCCCAGCCCUCAUAGCUGGCGUUGCUCAUGCCUCCAUGCCAUUAAUGCCAGCUGACCCUCCCCUGUAAUGACACUGUGCUCCAAAUUACUGUCACUAGUGGUUCCGCCUCCCUGUCAAAGACUUACACUCAGAUGCUUUUCACUGAUGUUUAUAUUCUAAUCUCACUCCCUGUCCCACCCCUCUCCUCUUCCCCACCCCCAAGUCCAACUAAACAAUUGGAAGGGCAGACCCCCAAUAAAGCUGCCGUAGAAUGAG